AUGACAUUUGAAAUUUACCGUUUAUUACACAUGAGGUCAGAGGUCGCGACCACGCGUCUGCCACUGCCGACGUUCUCGCCGCGCGCCGUGUUGAUGUACAGCGCGGCGGUAGGCGGUGAGGGCGUGGCGCUGCAGCUGCGGGAGGCCACUCCGGCCGACAUCGACGACCGGCUCGCCAUCGCGUGCCACGAGCCAGAGCUACUCGCUGACUUGCUACAUGCGGCUGACAUCGAUGGCGAACAUGAUGGGCUGACAGCUUUGCUGGGGGCUUCUUCCCCUGACUUGGCGCUAGCUUCAGAUGCAUCAGACAGCUUACCUUUGCCAGAUCACGACAACGAUUGUACAACGUCUUCAUCGUCAAGUAUCAGUGGCAUCACUACUGUGUCGGUAGCAGUCACAGGGCUUGAUACACGGCCGCUAGCCAAGAAAGUACGUCCGAAACCCGCUUCGCCCAACCGACAAGGACCCCAGCAAUGCCAAGUAUGCAACAAGAUAUUCGGGAACGCGUCAGCGCUGGCAAAGCAUAAGUUGACACACAGCGACGAGCGCAAAUACGUAUGCAUAACUUGCGCCAAGGCGUUCAAGAGGCAAGACCAUCUGAAUGGGCAUAUGCUGACGCAUCGCAACAAGAAACCGUAUGAGUGCAAGGCGGAUGGAUGCGGCAAGUCAUACUGCGAUGCGAGAUCAUUACGCAGGCACACGGAAAACCAUCAUCAACCGCCGGCUGAACCGAAAACAACGAAUACCUCCGACACAAAUGCAAGCAGCGCAGAGCGAGAGUCGAACACAUCACGCGUCACUUCGCCCCCGUCACCGUCCCGUGCAAACUCUACAAAUUCCGAUUCUAGUAACGGUUCAGACAAAAAUGGACCUCAAGCCGGAGACAGUAGUCCGCCACGCACUCCGCCCGCCCCGCCCACACCACCUGCACGCCCUAAAACUACCAAAGCCAGCAAUAGCAAACUGAAAACUAGUUCCUCAACGCAGCACGGUAGUCCAAAAUGUGGGAAUGGUGCGAGUGGAAGCGGAUCAAGCAGCACUAGUGGGACGUCAACAGUGCUGGCACGUCCGAACGACGUCAAGCCUGUAGAAUGUAAUCUUUGCCAUCGCAAGUUCAAAAACAUCCCCGCUCUUAAUGGACACAUGCGAUUACAUGGUGGAUAUUUCAAAAAGGACUCGGAUAACAAGAAAUUAGAUAAAAAAGAAUCAACUGGACCACCAUUGCAAACAGCUUCUGUUUCAGUAAGAGCACUAAUUGAAGAAAAGAUCAUUAGUCGGCGAGGUGCUACUGUCACAACUUCCCCAUCUAUAGGUACUACUGAAACUGCAACAUCUCGUUCAGGAUUUGUUGCACCGGCCCCUCCUCCUCUAUCGACUAUUAAAACAUCUGCCUCGCCAGUGCCAUCAGUUGCCACAUCUACUCAAUUUAUAUCACCGCGUGCGCCCCCAUUAGUGGCCGUAGCUACAAAUGUAACAGCUAGCCAAAGAGACUCUACUUUAAUAGAACUACUGAAAAAAGGCAGUUCAAAGGUGGUUAAGCGGUCAGCGUCAGAUCCAGGUCAAACAUCUCCACAACAAGAAUUUACAUUUCGACCGGAAUUAUUCGGUGUAUCAUUUAACUCAGAUGAUGGAUAUUUUUCACCUGCACUCAAUGAAGACACUUUUCAAUUUACAUCUACAUCUGACCAGCUAGAAGAACUAGCUUCACUAGAGGAUUACGCGACUGUUGCAGCAUCUAUACGAGAAAGAUCUCCAGUAACGUUCCCAUCCAGUCGUCGUCUUGCCGCUGUAUUAAAUUCGCCUCUACCAGAAUCGCUUGCUGAUUUCGGAGCUUGCCAUGGUGGAUCGCCUGUACCAUCGCCUGGUAUUGGCUACACUGAAAGUUCACCAGGACUAUCAUAUACAACUGGGGAUUCUCCUGGAUUAGCUUAUACAGCAACAUCACCGAGUGGAAGCUAUUCAACUCAACCCGAACCAUCACCAGGCUUAGCUUACCCAACACCUCCUGCUUCUCAUGAUGCUCAUUCACCUGCACACACCGUUCCUAGAGCAUCGUCUCCCCUAACAGCUGCCUUUUUUACUGCUACUAUGUCGAGUCAAGAAGAGGUGGAAGAAGCUUUGGAAGAGGUUCUACCAGAAGAAUGUCGAUCAUUAGAUGCAUAUGCACUAGAAUCGUCUACCACUGCACGUCGGAUCAUGUUGAAUUCAGAAGAUCCGCUAUUAUCUAGCAGUCCACGUGAUUUCUCCCAUCAACGAAAUAUUCGAAGACAACAUCGAAUUACAACUCCUAUUCCAGCACCUAUACAUCAUUGGCACGACAAUACAACACUACAGGUCUGCGUUGAGGGACGGGAUCCAUUACCUGCAGUAUUUUUAAGCCCUAGCAGUAUACCAGCUUCUCCGCAGAGACGUAAACGGCGCGCUUCUCCAGCGGGGCCUUAUCGCUCGCGUAUGCGACGCACAGUCAACCAUUACACUCCUCAGCCAAUUCUAUCGCCUGAUAGGGACGGUUGUGGCUUAUACACGGAAUUAGUAAAUGGCCUUCAAGCAGAUGUUAAUAUGUUAACACAAUUAGAAGAACCGCGUUUACCACAAAUAAAUAUAGGAACAGAUCAUCAAGCAGAUAUUCCCGAGCUAUGCAAUGACCGUAUAGACUUACACCGGAUACCAGAACAGCUCCUAUGGGAUCCCGGCAUUAACGAUGCCCUUGACGAUAACGAAGUGCGCAUGUUUAUGGAACUGGCAAUGUGUGCUGCCAUGCCGGUUGGCGGCCACACGAGAGAGUAUGCUUUACAAACGUUAGGUGAGUGCGGCGGAGACAUCCGAGCUGCAACUUUACGCCUUAUGUCCCGUCCUGCCGCUCCCUCGCAACACGAAUCUCGCUGGACUCCAGAUGAAGUAGAAGCCUUCUUAGCGGGACUUAGCCAAUAUGAUAAGGACUUCUUUAGAAUUUCUCAGCUGAUAAGAACGAAGGAUUCAAAACAAUGCAUUCAGUUCUACUACUUUUGGAAGAAAGUGACGAAAGACUACAAAACACUCUACUUGCGCAGUUGGAACGCUCAAGCAACCCAAGGUUCAGUUCAUAUUCCGACUCUCGGAUCUGCGUGCUCGCCGCCGACUUCGUAUGAAGGGGAAGAAUUUCCAUGCAAAAUAUGCGGGAAAGUAUUUAACAAAGUUAAAAGUCGUAGCGCACACAUGAAGUCGCACCGGCCACUCGACGCCGAGCCGAAAAGGCCAAAACUCGAAAAGCCUUAUGAAAAGGUCGAGAGAUCUGACGAUAAAAUGCAAGCGACUGCUGAAUAUCAAUUGCUAGCACAG